AUGUCAUUUGCAUUUGCGCUUAAGCAGUAUACACUCAAAGACCCAGAGUCUCUGCCCAAAUCAGAGGUACUCUUGUAUGACGACAAGACUGUGACUAUUCAUGAUAAAUUUCCAAAGGCCAAGUACCACUUUCUCAUUCUCCUCAGGCAGCCGUUUAACAUCAGAUCCCUUGACCAUCUUCUUUCGCAGCCUGACGACGUGAUCAACGCAGUGCUCGAUGCGUUCGACAAUGACGUAGAAGAAACGAUACGAGAGGAACAACUGCGUGAGUAUGGAACGCACUGGGGAAUCAGAAGAGGAUUCCACGCUGUACCAUCGAUGGACAGCAUCCACUUGCACGUCUUUAGCAAUGAUUUGGUGUCAGAUAGAUUGAAGAACAAGAAACACUACAACUCAUUCACGACAGGCUUCUUUGUGGACUUUGGCCAAGUCACUGAAGCUGUCGAAGAAGGCAAAAAAGAUCAACUACGACAAUCCCUCCGAGCCAAACAAGAGCUGUUAAAGAGCCCACUAAAAUCGCACCACAACGGCAAGAUAUUCGCCAACAUGCCUAAAUUGAAGCAGCACCUCUUUGAGCAUUUCCAUAGGACUAUAUUGACAAAGUGA